AUGACAUUGUAUUCGGAAUUGGCGCAGAUUUCCCGCGACGCAUGGGCCGCGCGAGCCUCUGCCCGCUUCGCGGCGGCCACGGCAUCUCGCGCCGCGCGAUCCUCCGCCCGCUCGGCAUCGGCGACCGCAUCCCGCUCGGCGCGCUCGGCCGCGUCUCGUUCCGCCGCCCGCUGGGCGGCCGCCGCAUCCCACGCCGCGCGCUCGGCGGCCGCCGCCGCAGCUGAGGCCGCCCGCGGAGCCUUGUCCAUCAGACUCACCGAGUUUCCUGAGGAGGAAGAGCGGCUACGACGCAUCCGAACCGGCACCGUGCCAACACGUGAUAAACUUGAGCCAGGAUAUGAUGUAACAGAGAAGGACUUUGAGUCCGACGAGGCCGUAUGGGCCUUGUAUGAGCAGUGGUGCAAGCUCUACAACAAGGAGCGCGACCGCUCUGAGAUGGCUCGCCGGUUCAGCAGGUUCAAGAGCUCCGCAGGGUCUGUACUCUCCUACAACAGAGCUUUCAAUGGAGAAAACUACACAGGUUUAUGUGAAUUCGCCGAUGGGAUGGAUGCCAAAGAGGUGGCCGAGUAUAAGCGCAAGGCAGCACUUCGUCCUGGAGGUCCUGAUCCUACUGAGCUUCUCUACAUACACGGCAUGGAAAUCGACUCCCCAGAUCAAUCCCCAGCACAUGGAUCAUCACCUUCCAUCCUUCAAUAA